AUGGAAGAAUCGUGUAAGAAGAAAAGAGGUCCAUAUCAUAAAAGAAAGAUUCAUGACAUUGAAGACACAAGUACCAGUGCAUACAAUAAGACCUACAUUGAGAAAACUGAGGAUGUUUUAUGUGAUCAAGAUGUUCCAAUGGCACUUCAUAUUAAAAAAGAGAGACUUGAAAGUGUAGAUUCAAAUGUGGGUUAUAAUUUAAAUGAACUUCGCCCUAAUGAUAAAAGUCAUGAAAUUACUGCAGUGGAUGAUUUUGUGGAAAAUGUUAACAACGGUGAUGAAAUCAAAAAUACUGCAGCAGAAUUAGAUGAAUCUGAAGAAAAUGCUGAAUUUUUGCAUCAAAAUGAACCAUAUGAAGAGGAAAGAGAAACUUCGGUAUCCAACAAUGUUCCUGAUAUACCUAAUGAAGUGUUUGACCCUAAAAGUGACAAAGUACUUGAUGAACUUCUUGAGGAGGCAAAAUUAAGGGACAGUGACUUAUUGUGUGAUGAAAAUGAGAUUGAUAUUGAAGACGAUGUAGGAUUUGUCGAUGAAUUUACAAAUUUCAUAUUCAAUGAUAUAGAAAAUUCUGUACCCAAACCUGAUGAUUCCAAGUCCAAAGAAGACCGCUUUACAGAUCCCCUGUUUGAAGGAUCACCCUAUACUCUUGGUGUUGUAAUUUUGCUGAUAUGCUGCUUUGUGAUUAGAUUUCGAUUGCCUGAUGAAGCAAUAUCGUACUUACUUCGACUUUUGGCUUGUAUUUUACCUUUAGGACAUACUUUAUCUGGGAGUCUAUACCAUUUCAGGAAGACAAUCAGAUUGUUCACAGAUUGUUUGAUACCAACAUUGACAUAUCACUGCAACUCUUGUUAUGAAAUAGUUGGCAAGAAUGAGAAAAACUGUCCGUUGUGUAAUAAAUCAUUGACGGAAUCUGGGGCUAGGGCAUACUUUAUGCAACUCAAACUUUUAUCCCAACUGCAAGCAUUAUGGAAGAAUAAGGAAUUUUGUGACAUGGUGCGAAAACAUAAAUUUGAGCAUUUUGAAAGCAAUAAAGCAGAUAAACUUUCUGAUAUUUAUGAUGGGUUAUUGUACAAACACUUAUUUCAAAAUGAUGGUGUUUUAUCGUCUCCAAACAAUUUAUCUUUUUCACUUAAUACUGAUGGUGCUCCUUUGUUCAAAUCAUCCAACAUUAGCAUCUGGCCUGUGUAUAUGCUUAUUAAUGAGCUUCCCAUUGCACAAAGAAAGAAAAAAAAUUAUGCUCUGUUUUAUUGUGUUUGGAUCUCCUGUCGAAAGCCACAGAUGUGGUAUUUUCUAAAACCACUAUAUGAGGAACUGAAUGACCUUGGAAGUAAAGGUCACACAUUUUGUGAUUAUUAUGAAAACACAUUUGACUGUAAAUGUUUCUUGUUAACAUGCACAUGUGAUCUUCCAGCACUAGCAAUAGUUUACAACUGUAACCAGUUUAAUGGAGAUUAUAGCUGCUGGUUUUGCCUACAGAAAGGUGAAACAUUUAAACAUGAAUCAGGAGGGAUUUCACAUGUGUAUCCAUUUAAGGAACAACCCAAGUACCCUCCCCGAACACCAGAAACUGUGAAACGAGAUGUUCAGUUAGCAUCAGCAAAAAUUAGAAAUCGUGAAUCCAAAACUACAGUAAAUGGCCACAAAGGAAAAUUUUGGUUUAUGUAUUUAAAUAAUUUUAAUCCUAUUUACAGUUGUGUUAUAGACUAUAUGCAUGGCAUUUGUUUAGGAGUUUGUAAACAAUUAUUAAUAUUAUGGUUUCAUAAGAAAAACAAAACUGAAAUUUUUUCUUUCUUUGUGAAAUGCAAUGAUGUCAAUUCUUUCUUGAACAAAAUAAAGCCAACACUGUAUGUAACAAGAAUUCCAAAGACAUUGGAUGAACUCACUCACUGGAAGUCAUCAGAAUUCAGAAAUUUUAUAUUAUAUUGGGGAAUACCAAUCUUGAGAAAUGUUUUGACUCAAGAAUAUUUUGUGCAUUUUUGCUUAUUAGCUAGAUCUUUUUUUAUAUUGUCAAAAGAAGGUAUAAGCAAAGAAGAAUUGCUAGUAGUAGAAUCUGCUCUCUUAUUAUUUGUUGAGAACUAUCAAGUUCUCUAUGGUGAAAGGUUUAUGACCUUGAAUGUUCAUCAAUUAGUACAUUUAACAGAUUGUGUUCGACACACCGGACCAUUAUAUGUAAAUAAUUGUUUUAUUUUUGAAGAUUUGAAUGGUUUUAUUGUGAAACACAUACAUGGAACGCAGGGGGUUGAAACUCAAAUAACAAAUAUUGUUUGUAUGUUAAAGGUACCACCUGUCCUUCGUGAAUUGUUUCUGAAAGAGUAUGAUGAUGAAGAAGAAAUUGUUUCAUUGUAUAAUGAACUGACUGACUCUGUAGCAGGUCGCUAUAAAUAUAUUACAGAAAUAGAAAGUGGCAUUAGACCUAUUGGAAAUGCAUCUAAUAAACAAUUAACAGAUUCAGACAGUGUGCUCUUAAAUUUGGUGUGCAUAAUGAGUUAG